ACAAGGUACAGUAGCCACUGCAGAGAAGAUGGCCGUCAGAGUGAUGCGCGGAGUAGAUACCGGUGCUGGGAACAGGGCCGGUCCAGGGAACCCCUCCGGCCCGGCUGCCCGGGAGCAUGUACAGGCUGUUACCAGGAACUAUCUGUCGCAGCCUAGGCUGACCUACCGGACAGUGUCUGGCGUGAAUGGGCCCCUUGUUAUUUUGGACAAUGUCAAGUUCCCUAGGUACUCUGAGAUUGUUCACCUCACUCUGCCAGAUGGUACAAAGCGGAGCGGGCAGGUGCUGGAGGUCAGCGGAUCCAAAGCCGUGGUACAGGUGUUUGAGGGCACCUCUGGUAUUGAUGCCAAGAAAACCUCCUGUGAAUUCUCUGGGGAUAUUUUGCGGACCCCGGUCUCGGAGGACAUGCUGGGUCGUGUUUUUAACGGCUCAGGAAAGCCCAUCGACAGAGGACCUUCUGUCCUGGCUGAGGAUUAUCUGGACAUCAUGGGGCAGCCCAUUAACCCCCAGUGCCGUAUCUACCCUGAAGAGAUGAUCCAAACUGGCAUCUCUGCCAUAGACGGCAUGAACAGCAUCGCUCGCGGACAGAAAAUCCCAAUUUUCUCUGCUGCUGGUCUGCCCCACAAUGAGAUUGCAGCACAAAUCUGUCGCCAAGCUGGUCUGGUGAAGAAGUCCAAAGAUGUCAUGGAUUACUCUGAGGAUAACUUUGCUAUAGUUUUUGCCGCCAUGGGGGUAAAUAUGGAGACUGCCCGCUUCUUCAAAUCAGAUUUUGAAGAGAAUGGUUCAAUGGACAACGUGUGUCUUUUCCUGAACUUGGCGAAUGACCCCACUAUCGAGCGUAUCAUCACCCCGCGUCUCGCUCUCACCUCCGCCGAGUUCCUCGCUUAUCAGUGUGAGAAGCACGUCCUGGUCAUCCUGACUGACAUGAGCUCCUACGCUGAAGCUUUGCGAGAGGUAUCUGCUGCCAGAGAAGAGGUCCCUGGCCGAAGAGGCUUCCCGGGUUACAUGUACACCGAUUUGGCCACAAUCUAUGAGCGGGCUGGGCGUGUGGAGGGUAGAAACGGCUCGAUUACCCAGAUCCCUAUUCUCACCAUGCCCAAUGAUGACAUCACUCACCCCAUCCCUGACUUGACGGGGUACAUUACUGAAGGGCAGAUCUACGUGGACAGGCAGCUGCACAACAGACAGAUCUAUCCCCCCAUAAACGUGCUGCCAUCUCUGUCCCGUCUGAUGAAGUCGGCCAUUGGUGAAGGCAUGACCCGAAAAGAUCAUUCAGAUGUGUCCAACCAGCUGUACGCCUGUUACGCCAUCGGGAAGGAUGUGCAAGCCAUGAAGGCUGUGGUGGGAGAAGAAGCUCUGACCUCUGAUGACCUUCUGUAUCUGGAGUUUCUGCAGAAAUUUGAGAAAAAUUUCAUUGCUCAAGGUCCCUAUGACAACCGCACGGUGUACGAGACACUUGAUAUUGGGUGGCAGCUCCUUCGAAUCUUCCCCAAAGAGAUGCUCAAGAGAAUUCCACAGAGCACCCUGGCUGAAUUCUACCCCAGAGAUUCGUCUGCUAAGCACUGAGCAGAUUUCGGCUUUGAAACCCCUAUUUUCCCCAAUUCCAUUCAUUUUGCCGACUUAGCCACCACCUCACCCUGCGCUGUUUACAUAUCCCGGCGCCCCUCAUGAGAACAGGGCAGAAACUAUUAUUGUGAAGUUUUAAUAUUAAUGUCAGUCAAUGUGGGACCAGGUAGGUCAGGUGAUUAUUUGAGGAUCUUCAAGUGUUGCGUCACCCCACCAUGUUCACCUGGCCUGGAGUUGGCAUCCCUUGGCAUUUCGGCUACUGUAACGACUGCUGCUCCUACCAUCCCUGAUCCACACUUACUAAAUGCAUGUAUUUACUGUGCUGUGACGCACAUGUGGUUUUUAUCAUGUGGCACUUAUAUCUUUGCAGAGUUUACAGACCAGUGUGGUAUCUUGGGGGGUUACAAAGUUUUAAAGGUCCUUUACGCUAAUGUUAAAUGCUAAUAGGUGAUUCCUACAGGCGCAUUUGGGGAAUCCACUGGGCUGAGUGGGUAGUCUUAUGCCCUGUUAUCUCUUAGGGGUGAAUUUACAGAACGUGUCUGCGCCAUCCUACAAGCCUUUGGUCAUUAUACAUUCUUUUAAUGUGACUCGCCUACCUUGUCUUGUCAACAUUUUCCUAUCAAACUCUUCCCUUCAUCCCUAAAUCUAUUUUGUGUUCUAUACCCCACAUGGAUACUUUUGUUCAACUUCAGACUUCGCUAUCUUCACCCCUCUCCUCCCUUACUUUACCAUUCUUCUAUGUCUUGACAUACUUUCCCUGUGUAUACUCCCAACCUUAAUACCGGCUCUCUUACCGAUGGGGUUAUUUGAUGUUCCCUCGUGUGUGAAUGUAGUGCAUUAGUUUGCUCUCUGGUUCAUUCCAUCUGUAAACGGUGUAUAAAUUUAUUGCAGAAUGUCAGAUUUAAAUAAAUAUUACAUGUACUGUUUAAACCUC